GUCAAGUUUUUUACAAUUUUCUUACACAUAUUUUUUUUCCACGGUGGGGGCACCAGUCCCUGGCGGGACCGUUCAGCAUGGUGACCUCUGAAUAUGCACCGGAUAAAGAAAAGAGGCUGAGAAACGCGGGCCAGUAGCGCAACAGUCCCGGAAAGUUGUUUCUCCGGCGGUAUUAUUCUCGAACUCCGGCAAUGCUACUCUCGCCACCCACCAUCCCCAUCCUUCCCUCCAAUUCCAAGUCCUUCCAUACUCCGAAGCCCAAACCUUUACCAUCUCCCGCCCUCCUCCAUGGCUUCUCCGCCCACUCCUACCUUCCUCAGCCGGCCGGCCGCUCUCAGCCAACGGCGCCUACCGCGAAAGCAGCCGACAUCGACACCUUCACGCAAUACUCUGGUUACCUUUUCGAGCUUAGCGAUUCGGAAGUGGAGUCCCUGACGGAGUACAACGCGUCCAAAAUCGCUUCGAUUUACCGUGGUAAACCCUUGAUUCUCCUCCGUCGCUGUCUCCAAAUCGGUUCUACACUCGGCAAGUGGUUCGCACUUAGGUACAUCGAUGCCAUCUCGGAGAGGUCGGAUCAGAUGUUCGAGGUUAGAGCUGCUGAGCUUCGGAAGAUAUUGGUACAACUUGGGCCGGCAUAUGUCAAAAUUGCUCAGGCUAUCUCAGCUCGAGCUGAUUUGAUACCACCCUCAUACCUAGCAGAACUAUCGUUGUUGCAAGAUCAAAUAACACCAUUUUCCACUUCAGUUGCUUUCAGUACAAUAGAAGAGGAGCUUAGAUUGCCGAUAGAUGAGCUAUUUUCGGAGAUCUCACCAGAGCCUGUGGCUGCAGCAUCACUGGGGCAGGUUUAUCAGGCUAGGUUACAUCCUAGUGGACGUGUUGUAGCUGUCAAAGUGCAGAGGCCUGGAGUCCGAGCCGCCAUUUCUUUGGACAUAUUAAUCUUGCGUUUUCUGGCAGGAUUGAUUAGAAAAGUAGGCAAACUGAACACUGAUCUUCAGGCGGUUGUUGAUGAAUGGGCAUCAAGUCUUUUUCGGGAGAUGGACUACAAGCAAGAAGCAAAGAAUGGACUGAAGUUUAGACAGUUAUAUGGCAGUCUACAAGAUGUUUUGGUUCCUGAAAUGUAUGUGGAACAAACAACUCGUAAGGUCCUUGUUAUGGAUUGGGUGGAGGGCCAGAAGUUGUCUGAAGUGAAGGAUCUUUACUUGGUGGAGGUUGGAGUUUACUGCUCGUUUAACCAACUUCUAGAAUAUGGGUUCUAUCAUGCAGAUCCGCAUCCUGGAAACCUUCUUCGCACAUAUGAUGGCAAACUAGCUUAUUUAGAUUUUGGUAUGAUGGGUGAAUUUAAACAAGAACUUCGUGACGGAUUUAUUGAAGCUUGUCUCCAUCUCAUAAACCGUGAUUUUGAUGCUUUGGCCAAGGAUUUUGUUACUUUGGGGCUACUACCACCAACUGUAGAGGAGAAGGCUGUUACAAAAGCAUUAACAGGUGUCUUCCAAAGUGCUGUUGCCAGAGGAGUACGCAAUAUAAGCUUUGGAGAUCUUUUAGGAAAUUUAGGAAGCACCAUGUACAAGUUCAAAUUUCGAAUACCUUCAUAUUUUUCUCUCGUCAUUCGAAGCCUUGCUGUUUUGGAGGGCAUCGCAAUCAGCUUCAACCCAGAAUAUAAAGUUUUAGGUAGUACGUAUCCAUGGAUUGCAAGAAAAGUAUUAACCGACAGCUCACUUCAGUUGAGGUCUUCUUUGCAGGCUCUUCUCUAUAAGGAAGGUGUUUUCAGAAUUGAUCGUCUUGAGUCUUUACUAACAGAGUCUCUUCGUGCCACAACAAAGAAAGAAGAUACUGAUUCCAGGAUGGUUAUUAAGGAAAUCCUUUCUUUCACAUUGACUGAUAAGGGUGCCUUCGUGAGGGAAAUACUUCUUCAAGAAUUUGCUAAGGGUCUAGAUGCAUUGGGCCUAGCAACCCUGAAUUCUCUAACUUCUGCGGCUUCUGCAAGUUUACCAUUUGCAGCUUCUCUUUCAUUCACCUCAAUGACUGAUGAAGAUAUCUUCAACCUGAGAAUUUUGCAUCGGCUUGUGGUAUUAUUGUCAGGCUUACAACAGAAUGAAAGCUCUAGCAUGGGAGUCAAUGAGGUUAGCCCUUACAAGAAUCAGAGAAUGUACUCAGAGGAAGCAUCACUUGUUCUUUAUCAACUCACUUCUAUUCAGGAAGUUGUACCCAUCCUUUCCAUUAUUCCUGGGCUGCCACCAGAAUCUCAACAGUUGCUAGCUCGUAUGCCAGCUGAUCUGGCUGGAAGGGUGAUUUCUCGCAUUGUUGCAAGGACAAUUCGGAGGAUUUUUGUAUCAUAGAAAUCAAAAUUUAAGCCCUCUAAUGAGCAUGGUGGGCUGCGACUGUUCUAUGGCUUGAAGGGAGUAUUGAUGAAGAAGAUUUUGGAGCAUUAUAUAUGUAUGAGAAGCAUUUAUGAAGUGUAAAUGGGACAAAUUUCUUGUACAGUUGAAACAUGUUUAUUUGAUGUGGAUCUUCUUCUCAAUUCUUUGUUGAAUUUUUAAGCUGGUUGACCCUAGACAGGUGACAAAAAGUCUGAGAAGCAUAAAAUGGUUAUUGAUGUAAAUAUAUUGUUCAAUGAAGAUGGGAAAUUUUUACAAGCUUGUUGAAUAGAGUUUGUAAAUAUCUUCAUUAAAAGAAAUCUUGAAAAAAAAAAAAGUAUUAUGGAAUUAAUGUUCAUGGUUCAU